AACCUGCCGGGAGAGGGCCUGCAGGCCUGGACCCAAGAGGGUCUGCCUGGGGGCGGGACCCCAGCAGAACACUCUGGCAAGGAAUGUGACAGCCCUGAGAAAAGAGUGAGGUCACAGUCAGUUCCCAUGUCCUUCGAUGAGAUCAGCUUCCUGGAAAUCUCUCCAGCGUUGGAUGUGCCCACUCCAGAUGUCCAAGGCCUGGAGCCGCCUGUGCUGGAGUGCGUGGAAAAGGACCACGUGGAGCCGGAUCAUGUGCUGAUCGUCCAGCAGGUGCUUCAAGAACUUCGACAGUAUCAUGGGGCCCGGCAGAGGGCUCGCCUGUCUGUCAGCCCAGGAGGAGCCCCGUCGAGCCUCACCUGGUUUGAGUUCCUGUCCGAGAGCGAAGAUGGAGCCUGCAAGAUCGAGAGAAGUAACAGGAGCACGCGGGUGAAGCGCAGACUGAGCUCCCUCCGCAGUCGAGUCACCAGGCAGAAGGAGAAGGGGAAGAGCCCAGUGCCUCCAAAGGACAAGGGCCAGGAUGCUCGAGAUAGGAAGGAAUGUGUCAAUGGGCACCAGCUGGCACAUGGAACCUUCUCUGGCCAAUCCAGCUGCCCCCUGUGCGGCAAGCCCUUUCUGAGCUCUGCGUCCCUGAAAGAGCACCCGAGGGCCACCCUCUUGUCUGAUGGCAGCCCGGCCCUGUCCAGGAAUGUCGGCAUGACGGUCUCGCAGAAGGGGAGUCCACAGCCAGCACCCAGCCUGGCGGGAACGGGGACACGACUUGGACCAGUCACAGGAGAGAUGGAUGAAGCUGACUCUGGAUAUUUGAAAUUCAAGCAGGCAGCUGAUGACUCUCUCUCACUUGCAUCUUCCAAUGCCGAGUCCGUUUUUGUAGAAGACCCCUACACUGCCUCACUGAGGAAUGAGAUUGAGUCAGACGCCCAUGAGUUUGAGGCGGAGUCCUGGAGCCUCGCCGUGGACCCGGCAUACGCAAAGAAACAAAAGAAGGAGGUGGUGAAAAGGCAGGAUGUGCUUUACGAGCUGAUGCAGACGGAGGUGCACCACGUGCGGACGCUCAAGAUCAUGCUCAGGGUCUACUCCAGGUUCCUGCAGGAGGAGCUGCAGUUCAGCAGCAAGGCCAUCAGCCGCCUCUUCCCGUGCGCCGAUGACCUGCUCGAGAUGCACGGCCACUUCCUGUGUCGGCUCAAGGAGCGCCGCAGGGAGGCCCUGGAGGAGGGCAGCGAGCAGAAUUACAUCAUCCAGAAAAUUGGGGACCUCCUGGUGCAGCAGUUUUCAGGUGAAAAUGGGGAGAGAAUGAAAGAAAAAUAUGGUGUCUUUUGUAGCGGCCACAACGAAGCGGUCAGUCAUUACAAGUUGCUGCUGCAGCAAAACAAGAAAUUUCAAAACUUGAUCAAGAAAAUUGGGAACUUUGCCAUCGUGAGGCGGCUUGGCGUGCAGGAGUGUAUUCUUCUGGUGACUCAGCGCAUCACCAAGUACCCUGUGCUGGUGGAGCGCAUCAUUCAGAACACAGAAGCUGGCAGCGAGGACUAUGAAGACCUGACUCAGGCCCUGAACCUCAUCAAAGACAUCAUCUCACAAGUGGACGCCAAGGUCAGCGAGUGCGAGAAAGGCCAGCGCCUCAAGGAGAUCGCAGGGAAGAUGGACGUGAAGUCCUCCAGCAAGCUCAAGAACGGGCUGACCUUCCGCAAGGAGGACAUGCUGCGGCGGCAGCUCCAUCUGGAGGGCACGCUGUGCUGGAAGACCACGUCGGGGCGCUUGAAAGAUGUCCUUGCCGUCCUAUUGACUGAUGUGCUUCUGCUGCUACAAGAGAAGGAUCAGAAAUACGUCUUUGCGUCUGUGGACUCGAAGCUCCCUGUCAUCUCGUUACAAAAGCUCAUUGUGAGGGAGGUGGCCAAUGAGGAGAAAGCCAUGUUUCUGAUCAGUGCCUCGCUGCAAGGGCCGGAGAUGUACGAGAUGUACACCAGCUCCAAAGAGGAGAGGAACGCCUGGAUGGCCCACAUCCGAAGGGCUGUGGAGAGCUGUCCGGACGAGGAGGAGGGGCCCUUCAGCGAGGCCGAAGAGGAGAGGAGGAUGGUCGAGGCCCGCGCCAUGAGGCUGAGGGAUUUCCAAGAGCGAUUGAACUCGAAAGACCAGCAGAUUGCGCAGAGCCUCAGUGAGAAGCAGCAAAUCUACCUGGAGAUGGCCGAGAUGAGCGGACUCGAGGACUUCACUCAGUCACGCCUCCUCUUCCGAGGAGGGGACCCCUCCGAGAACCUGCAGGGGGAGCUGAUUCUCAGGUCGGCCAUGAGUGCGAUCGAGGACAUCCAGAGCCUCAUCUGCAGGCGGCUGGGCAGUGCCAGUGGCCAGGUGGAAGAUGGGGGCGGCUCCACACCCCUGCCCCGGAGGGCAGAGACCUUUGGGGGCUACGACAGCACGAGCAGCCCCGGCAGGAGUGGCAGUUUUAAGAAGAAGGUCGGCAGCAAUGACCCCAGCCCCCGAGACUGGCAAGGCACCGCGAGCAACCCAGACUUCACCCCAGGGGCCUCUGAGGAAGCCCCGCAGGUGGUGGAGGACCUGGGCACAGAGUCUGGCCGCCGGCCGCCCACCAUCCUGGAGUCGGAGCUCAUCCAGCGGAUCCAGACGCUGUCCCAGCUGCUGCUCAGCCUCCAGGCGGUCAUCGCGCAGCAGGACAGCUACGUGGAGACGCAGAGGGCGGCCAUCCAGGAGCGCGAGAAGCAGUUCCGGCUGCAGUCGACGCGCGGGAACCUGCUGCUGGAGCAGGAGCGGCAGCGCAACUUCGAGAAGCAGCGGGAGGAGCUGGCGGGCGUGCAGAAGCUGCAGGGCCAGCUGCGGCUGGAGCAGCAGCGCUGGGAGCGCCAGCGGGAGCGCCAGCGGCAGGAGCUGGACCUGGCCUCGGCCCGGCUGCAGCAGCGCGAGAGCGAGGCGCUGCGGCUGCAGGAGCGCCUGAGCCAGGAGCGCGCCGAGCUGGAGCGGCAGCGGCAGGCCUACCAGCAGGACCUGGAGCGGCUGCGCGAGGCCCAGCGUGCCGUGGAGCGCGAGCGCGAGCGGCUGGAGCAGCUGCGGAGGCUCAAGAAGCAGAACACGGUGCCCGGGGCCCUGCCGCCCGACGCGCUGCCGGAGGCCCAGCCCCUAAGCCACGCCCCCAGCUUCAACGGGGAAGGGCUGGAAGGGCCUGCGGGCCUGGCCAAGGCUCCGGGGCCCCGGGGGAGCGUGCUGCCCGAGUACGCCGAGCGCCCCGAGGGGGCCCGCCGGGACAGCGCCCCGACUGAGAGCCGCCCAGCCAAGAGCGACGUGCCCAUCCAGCUGCUCAGCGCCACCAACCAGAUCCAGAGGCAGACGGCCGUGCAGCAGCAGAUCCCCACCAAGCUGGCGGCCUCCACCAGGGGCAGCAAGGACAAGGGCGGCAAGAGCAGGGGCUCCCAGCGCUCGGAGAGCUCCGCCUCGUUCGACCUGAAGCAGCAGCCGCUUCUCAACAAGCUCAUGGGCAAGGACGAGAACGCCUCCCGGAGCCGCCGCUCGCUGAGUCCCGUGCUGCCCAGCAGCCACAGCCCCGCGCCCCCCCCAGACCCCGGCUGCCCGGCCCCACCUGAUGCCCCCGCUGACUACUUCUCCUUCAAGGCCGGGGGGGCAUCCGUGCCCCCGUCCCCCUCGCCACUGCCCACCACACCACACAACAUGGAAGAAGCCAGCAAGGAAGACGUCAUCUUCUUCUAGGGGGCUGUGGCUCGAGGUGCAGGCCCCUCCCUGUCCUGCCCACCCCCUCGCUCUCUGGGGAACCGCCCAGCUGUCCCUCGCCCCUUCCUGAGCGAACCACCACUGCCGACCACCCGGCGGGGGUCGGGGCAGGGCCAGCGCCAGCCUGUCAUCUCCAGGCUCUUUCCAUAGGAUUAGCACUGGUGUCUGGGUACUUCUCUAAAUCUCUGUCUUCUUAAAUACAAAAAACGAAAGUUUUUAAUCGAAGGUUGAACCAGAGCUAACCCAAGGAGCUGUUUUAAGUCGUAGCCCCACAUUGGGGUAGGGGAGAGAUGGACUCCCAGAGGUUUUCCCAAGGUAGUGACAGCCCAUGGUGGUUCCCCAACAAGCCUGGUGACAGGCCAGGCCUUGGUCUGAGGAGGUGCUGGCUGGCCCCACGGCCACUAGGAGACACUGGAACGUGUCACUAGGGCACCAGAAGGGGCCGGUGGUGUCGGCUCUGUCUGUCGGCAGAAUCAAUUUCCAAAGCAGAAACUAAGCAGGUGCAUGUGAACCUU